GUGGGAUCAGAUUCUGUUGAUUUCCUGUCCCUAUCUGCGAUUCUCCGGGAGCAAACACGAAGACCAAGCAUCCUCGCUCCCCGAGAAUAAACAGUGCUGCUUAUUUGGAACUGGAGCAUUGGUCGGGACAAUUCCUUCUUCAGCGUAGGCGGACACAGUUGUGUGUUGAGGAAAGUCAGUUACAAGCGUUGAUCGCAGGUACUGAUCAUUAUGGAAGGUGAGCGAACUCCCGAGAUUCUGGACUACCGGAAUGAGAAUGGUCAUGGAUGGUCCUUCUACAAAAAUGACAGUGUUCUUCGGAUGAUUGUUACAACCCCUGAGGAUGACAUGGAAACGCUCCGAAAAGUUAAGAGAUUCGAACUUAGGGACGAUGACGUCUUGAUUGCGACAUAUCCCAAAUGUGGUAGUCACUGGUUGUGGGAAAUAGUCACUAUGCUCAGGACCGGUAACUCUGAGUACAACAUGAAUGCGAAAGAGUUCGCCAUGUUGGAGAUCCCCAAGUCUGAGCGGCCUGAUGAACUCCCCUCCCCAAGAGUUCUAAACUCACAUCUACAUUUCCGUCAUCUGCCCGAGAAACUGGUGGAGAAGCAGAUAAAAACAAUCUUGCUCCUGCGAAAUCCCAAAGAUGUCAGCGUAUCAUUUUUUAACCAUCUGAACGGACUAAAAUUGAACUAUCGGUUUGACGGGACGUAUUCAGAAUUUCUGGAUCUGUUUCUGGAAGGAAAAAUGAGUAAUAGUGAUUAUGCCGACUACGUGAAGGAUUGGCUGCAAGUGAAACAGGACAACCCGGACUUGCCAAUGUUGACACUGUUUUAUGAAAACUUGAAAAAGGAUCCUGUUACAAACAUCAGAACUGUUGCCGAGUUCAUUGGAUUGUCUGUCAGUGAUGAACUAUGUGAGCAAAUAGCAGAAGCGUGCAGCUUUAAGAAGCUGAAAUCGGCAGAUACUGAAAUCAAGGAGCACGCCAGAAAUCAGUCUGACAUCUGGAAGGAAGGUCACCAUAGAUGGUAUAGAAAAGGUGAAGUUGGGGAUUGGAAGAACUGGAUAACAGUUGCACAGAACGAAACAUUUGAUGACGUCAUUGAACGCCGAUUUCAAGGAGCGGGCAUUGUAUUCACGUAUGAAUAACGGGUUAUAUGGUGAUCAUGGGGUUGUGAACACUAAAUACCAAAUACUAUCCAUGAGUAUUCAUCGAAGAGUGAGUUGUAUUUGUGUUGUGCCAUCAACAGUUAUUCAUGUUAUAUACACUUUACAUGUCACAACAAAGCUAAGGGAAAUACAAGUAACUUACAAUGUAUUUACCGGUAUAUUAGUUUGAUACUGUUUAUAUUUAAAGAAGCUAUGUCCUUGAAGCUAUUAUUAUUAUUAUCCUCUCUCUCUCUGAUUGGCUGAGCGCUCUUGUAAAAUUUUCAGUGUACCCCGCUUACAAGCGAGUAACAUUUCAAUGUACCCCGUUGUCAAUGGCAACUUAU